GUACUGGCCAUCCAUACUGGGUCCCCGGCAGCUUAGCGAUGAAAAUUUCGGCAUGAAGAGGAAACGCCGCGUUUUCUGCUUAUUUACUUAGCCGCCUCAAAUAGACAAUGAGAUCAAUUUUCGCGGGAAAAUGGAAGGAUGGUCAAUUGAAGAACUUGAAGAAAUUAUACUCAACUUAUCAAACUCCAAAAACCCAUCAAGCAGGAACAGUCUCUACUAAUAUUUCUAUCCAUGGGUAUGUUAAAAAUAGGCGUUUGGAUCUUGCUCGGAAACUGUUCGAGGAAAUGCCUGAGAGAACUGUUGUUUCAUGGAACACCAUGAUUUCUGGUUAUUCGAAGUGGGGUUUCUUCGAUGAUGCUCUGAGCCUGCUUCCAUUGAUGCAUCACAGUAAUGUGAAGCUUAAUGAGACCACGUUUUUGACUGGGUUAAGUGCAUGCGCACAUUUGCAGUUGCUAACUCAUGGGAAGCAGAUUCAUUGUAUUCUUUUAAAAUCUGGUUGCGAGAAUUUUGAGCUUGUGGGAAGUGCUUUGUUGUAUUUUUACGGGAGUUGCUUGGAGAUUAAAGAAGCUGAACAGGUGUUUGACGAGUUUUGUGAUAGGAACGAGUUAUUGUGGAGUUUGAUGCUUGUGGGUUAUGUCCAAUGUAAUCUACUAGGUGAUGCUAUGAAUCUGUUUAUGAAGAUGCCAAAAUGGGAUGUUGUAUCCUGGUCUAAGCUGAUUUCUGGGUUUGCAAAGAGUGAAGAGAGCUGUGAGAAGGCUUUAGAGUUGUUUUGGUGGAUGAGGAGCAGUGAGUUGGUGCCCAAUGAAUUCACUUUUGAUUCUGUUUUAAGAGCUUGUGGUAGGCUUAGUUUUUUGCAUGAAGGGAGGCUUGUUCAUGGGAUUUUGAUUAAAUAUGGGUUUGAAUUUGAUCAAUCUAUUGUUUGUGCGCUAAUUGAAUUCUAUUGCAAUUGUGAAGCUAUAGGUGAUGCUAAGAGAGUCUACAAUGGAAUACCAAAUCCUGAUUUAAAUGCUUCAAACUCGCUUAUGGGAGGGCUUAUUUCAAUGGAUAGGAUUGGAGAUGCAGAGCUGGUUUUCAAUAGACUGACUGAAAUGAACUCAAUCUCAUAUAACUUGAUGAUUAAGGGGUAUGCAAUCAGUGGGCAAGUUGAAGAUUCAAAAAGAUUAUUUGAGGAGAUGCCUGAAAGAACAAUAAUUUCUUUUAAUUUAAUGAUUUCUGUAUAUUCCAGAAGUCGUGAAAUAGAUAAAGCUUUGAAUCUUUUUGAAGAAAUUCAAAGUGAAAGAAACCCUGUGACAUGGAAUUCAAUGAUAUCUGGUUAUAUUGAAAAUGGGCAAUAUAAAGAGGCUUUGAAAUUGUAUCAAACCAUGCACAGAUUGUCAAUUGAUCGUACUAGAUCAGCUUUCUCUGUUCUAUUUUAUGGAUGCUCAUGUCUUGGAUCUCUUCAACAAGGGCAAUUACUUCAUGCCCACUUGGUUAAAACACCAUUUCAGUCUAAUGUUUAUGUUGGAACAUCUCUUACAGAUAUGUACUCCAAAUGUGGGAGCAUUAGUGAUGCUCAUAAAUCAUUUACUGACAUCUCUUCACCAAAUGUGGCAGCAUGGACCUCUCUUGUUAAUGCUUAUGCAUACCAUGGACUUGGCUUGCAAGCUAUGUUAAUUUUUCAGCACAUGCAGAAGCGAGAUGUAUACCCUAAUGCUGCUACUUUUGUUGGUCUUCUGUCUGCUUGUGCACGUGCUGGUCUACUUGUGGAAGGGAUGAGACUGUUUCAGUCAAUGGAAAUGUGUUAUGAGGUUACACCAACCUCAGAACACUAUGCUUGUGUGGUUGAUCUUCUUGGCCGGUCAGGCCAUCUGCAAGAAGCUGAGAAGUUUAUUAGAAGCAUGCCAAUUGAAGCUGAUGGGGCUGUUUGGGGAGCUUUGCUCAAUGCUUGUUGGUUAUGGAUGGACAUGGAAGUGGGUGAGAGGGUGGCAGAGAAGGUGCUCAGUUUAAAUCCAAAGCCAACAUAUGCUUAUGUAAUUCUUUCUAACAUUUUUGCAGUACUUGGGAAAUGGGUAGAAAAGAUGCAUGUGAGGAGAACAUUGAAUGAAUUGGAAGUCAAGAAGGAUCCAGGUUGUAGUUGGGUUGAGCUGAACAGUGUACUUCAUGCAUUUUCAGUAGAAGAUAGAAGCCAUCCGCAUUUUACUGUGAUUUAUUCCACUUUGCAGCAUCUAAAUGCAAAUUUGAACACUAUUGUUCAUUGUGAUUUUGAUUCUAUAUAAACAAAAAAAGAUGGCUGUUUAAGUGCAAGCAUAUGGUUCAAUGAUCAUUGCUAUUAACCAAACUCUUUUUUGAUGACUAAGAAUCAGUUCCAAGGGCAUAUGCUUUGUGAAAGAAGCACCUUCGUGCAUUAAAAAUGUCUGAUUGCCUUUCUUAUAUCUGACAGUGACAUAUUUAUAAUGGUGCUUUUGCAAAUAGUACCAAAGAUCAGACAGAUUACUGUAAAGAGGUAAAAGCACCUUUCUCUUUUAAGGUUGUCUUUGAGCCAGUACCUCCUCUGUUGGUGUUCCAAUAGAUCCUCUAAUCUAAA